AUGCAAGUUCCUGACACCACAAACUCAUCCAUCAUAGCAAUGGCUUCUUCUUCAAAGAAAGAAUUUCUCACUCACUAUCGAUCCGUCCUCAAUUGCCUCUCAGGAUCACACCGAUUUUGGAACGCUAAAUCCGUUUCACGUGUUGCCAAUAAACUAGGUCUCCGACUCAGAAAAAUCGGUGUCACCGGAGUUCAAAUCAACGUCAGUGAAGAGCUAUCGCGUCCCCUAUGUUACCGCAAGAUGGUUUUCUCGUUGUUUCGUUCCGUUCAACACGUCGACGUUCGAGUUUCUAGUGCAUAUAAUUUGCCUUCCUUUUGA